AUGGCAGUUACAACAGACCAAACAGUUGCUCUCAAGUAUGCCCAGGACUUUGUUGAUUUCGUGAAUGAGUCUCCAACUCCGUACCAUGCUGUUGAUUCUGUUAAGAAGAUGCUUCUUAACGAAGGUUUUGAGGAGCUUAUUGAGAGAAACAAUUGGUCAAAAUCACACACAAUUGAAAAAAAUGGUAAGUACUUUGUUACUAGAAAUGGUUCUUCCAUAAUUGCAUUCACUGUUGGGGGCAAGUACGAAAAUGGUAAUGGAAUUGCUAUUGUUGGAGCUCAUACCGAUAGUCCAUGUUUGAGAAUCAAACCCAUUUCGAAUCGUACUUCGGAAGGUUUCAUUACCAUUGGGGUCGAGCAAUAUGGUGGGUUGAUUGCGCAUACAUGGUUUGACCGUGAUUUGUCUAUUGCUGGUAGAGUUUACGUUAAGGAUAAGGACGGUCAAUAUGUGCCCAAGUUGUUGAAAAUUGACAAGCCAUUGUUGAGAAUUCCAACAUUGGCAAUACAUUUGAAUAGGGAAGCAAACACCAAAUUUGAGUUCAACAAAGAGACCAAAUUAGUUCCGAUUGCGGGACAAAUAGCUUUGGAUAAGAACGAACAAGAAGAUAGCAAGAGAUCUGGCGAUAGCAAUUGCGAAAAAAAACAUAGCUGUGCGGACGACCCAAACUUGCAAUUGACUUUAGAAGAAUUUGAGUCUGUUCAAAAUGUCAUUUCAAGGCACAACAAGUCGCUUAUCCAAUUAAUUGCUAAGGAGCUUGAAAUUGAGCCUCAGCAGAUUGAGGACUUUGAGCUUGUGUUAUUUGACCAUCAAAAGUCUAUUAUUGGUGGGUUGAAUGAUGAGUUUAUAUUUUCCGCGAGAUUGGAUAAUUUAACAUCUUGUUUUGCUGCUACGCAAGGUUUAAUUGAAUCUAUAGAUCAAUUGCCAAAUGAAAAAGGUAUCCAGAUGAUUAGUUUAUUUGAUCACGAAGAGAUUGGAAGCAGGAGUCUGCAUGGAGCCGAUUCAUCCUUCCUUCCAGAUAUAAUUCAGCGUGUUGCUAAAGUAGAUUUUGAAGAUACAAAGAGUCCAAGGUCUAUCGAUCUUUUCCAUGAAAUCGUUUCCAAAUCGUUUCUUUUAUCUUCAGACCAAGCUCACGGUGUUCAUCCAAAUUAUGCUGAGAACUACGAGGCAAAAAAUCGUCCUCAAGUCAAUUUGGGCCCUGUGAUCAAGAUCAAUGCCAAUCAAAGAUAUGCAACCAAUUCGCCUGGGGUUGUAUUAAUCAAAAAAGUUGCCGAUAAGGCUAGAGUCCCACUUCAAUUGUUUGUUGUAAGAAAUGAUUCUCCUUGCGGAUCUACUAUUGGACCAUUGUUGAGUUCUAAACUUGGGUUGAGGACAUUGGACUUGGGUAAUCCUCAAUUGUCAAUGCAUUCGAUAAGAGAAACGGGAGGUACCUACGACAUCAUUAGAUUGAUGGACUUGUUCAAGUCAUUUUUCGAAAACUAUGUUGAUAUCGACAACAAAAUUUUGGUUUAA